AUGCAGCACGGCUCUGGCGGAGUCAAGGGACCAUCACCAUCAUCCACUUCAGCUUCAGCUGCCCCCUCGGUCAUUGCACGUCAACAGCCCGAGCUUGACAGCGACUCCCACAGCGAUGACGAGCAUGACAACGAUGGCUCUACUCACACUGGCAAGCGCAAGCGACCUACCUCAGUUUCAUGCGAGCUCUGCAAACAAAGAAAGGUGAAAUGUGACCGCGGACAGCCGUCCUGCGGAUGGUGCGCUCGCAAUGGGGCGAUUUGCGAAUACAAGGAGCGAAGGCGUCCCGGGCUGAGAGCUGGCUUUGGCAAGGAGCUCCAAGAGCGAAUGGACAAGCUUGAGGCUAUCUUGCAGUCUCAUUCUGAGAUAAUUCAAAAUGCGCUUGCCUCAAAUCCACAGCUGAAUGUUGCGGCGAGCAUGCGGAACAGCAAUCCCAGUCUACCAAGUGAUCAAGGUACGCCAAGAGAUGCCUCAUCUCACAUAUACCGAACCUCAGAACCCAUUACCACGCCACAAGGAGAUAAUAGCAUGUUUGUUCAAAAGACAUCAAGCUUCACCCCGACAUCACAAAAUGUCGAUUUCAAUGCGCCUCAGCAUCCAGGUAUGCCUGAUAGCUUCCACCAUCAAGGCUCAAUGGGAGGGCUAUCCGCGCCGCAGCAGAUACCACCCAUUCAAUCUUCUGCACCAGGAGGACAAGCAUAUUAUCAAAAUCAGGCUCCAAUGCAAUCACCAUCUGGCCACCUGGCACAAGCAGCGGGGUCAACACCACCUGACCAAGACAUGCCUCCCUACGAUCUUCUCUACGCUCUCGUCGACCUUUACUUCAAGCAUAUCAACACGUGGUGCCCAAUCCUCCACCGAAAAACCACACUCGACUCACUAUUUGGGCCAUCAACACUUCAGGAGACUGAUAGAAUUCUCCUGCAUGCCAUUGUGGCGACGACGAUGCGCUACUCUUCCGACCCGAGGCUUACUGAUGAGCGGCGGGAGCAUUAUCACAAAGCAUGCAAAGAACGUGUACUGCUUUACGGCAUGGAGAACACAUCUGUCAAAUCCCUUCAGGCACUGGUUAUAAUCGCGCUUGAUCUUGUUGGCAGCAGCAACGGCCCACCAGGCUGGAACAUUUUGGCACUAAUUACACGAUCUGUGGUGCAGCUUGGGUUGGCAGUCGAGAGCAACUCAUUUACGGUCUCACCAAGCUACACGUCUAUAUAUACCUUGCGGGCAAUGAUUCUCCCGGAACCAAAAGACUUCAUCGACGACGAAUCACGACGACGAUUGUUUUGGAUGAUCUAUCUUCUCGAUAGAUAUGCGACAAUUGCUACUGCAUUCGAGUUCGCCUUGGCUGACAAGGAAAUUGACCGAACGUUGCCGUGCCGCGACGACCUGUGGAUGCGAAAUCAAAGGGUAGAUACCAAAUGGUUCAAGGCUAGGGAGCACCAUGGGGAGCUACCUGCGCAAGAGAUUUGCAAGCCGGAAAACCUUGGAGCCUUUGCGUACUAUAUCGAGAUCCUGGGCAUCUUGUCCAAGAUCCACACCUUCCUCAAGCAGCCUGUUGACAUUAGUGCUUUAGGUGACGUUGAGCAAUGGCAGCUGCGAUACAAGGAACUAGAUAAUUUGUUGACGUCAUGGAGAUUUGGACUGCCUCCCGAGUUUGGCAACAUGACGAAGUUGUUCCAAGCGCCAAACAAGAACCUGAAUUGCGUUUUGGUGAUGCUCCAUGCCACAUACCACACUGCAGUGAUUCGAUUACAUUCGUCGGCGGCAUAUCCCACGACGCGGUCACCCAUCUUCACUCCGUCAUAUAGCGCUUCGCAAAGAUGCCAUGGCGCGGUUGAGAAUAUUGCUGCUUUGGGAGAAUUUGUGGUUCAGAAUGGUCUCAUUAGCAAGCUGGGACCGCCUUUUGCCUGGACUAUAUGGGUAUCGGCAAGGCUUUUGCUCGUGCACGGUUCUACAGUUGAGCAUAAGUUGGCACCGCAAAUCAGCUUCUUUGUUGACACUCUGAGAGAAAUGGGUCGAUACUGGCCGGUGGCGGCGAGAUACUGUGGACUUCUUCAGCGGGUGCUUGACGAGCAUCGCGAUAGUGAGCAAAAGGGGGACGGAGUCACCCCGAGCUCGGUGAAAAUCUUGGCGGACAUGCGACGAACGGCCUUCGACCUUGACUUCUUGAUAUCUCGGCAGCCAAGGCACGGGGCUGGUCCCACGGCAAUGAGCCGAUUACCUAGUGUCACACCGUCCAGGACACCAGCACCAAAUGAGUUGGAAUACCUGGAUGUGUUUGACUUUUUCAAUGUCCCUCGCCUGCCAUUUGGAGGUGAGAACUUUUCGGGUGCGCAGACUUUGGGGCCUGACACUGGGAUGGAUACACAAAAUGGCCAGGCUCAAAUGGCGCCAAAUGAAUUUAAUAUUACGAAUUUCAUGAUGGAUGCCAAUAGCGAUUGGCUAUUUAAGCAGGAUGGAGGCAAGUUCAUGGCUACGGGGUAG